AGGGCCCUAUGGUCGACUGUGUGAGAAUCCCUGGAUCCGAAAUUCAGAAAUACGGAGAGAAAAAGCAGGGUAGCCACCACCAGCGACAAUGGAGGGAGAGGAGUCGAGUGAAGCUUCAGAGGCAGUGAUCGAAACCCUAAGAACCAGGGGUUGGAGUAUAGGGGACAUCGACCAAGUAAAAGCCUUAAUCUUUAUACAAUCAGCUCUUUCAGAUGAUCAGGAAACGUCUGCAGUGGCGGAUUCCGUUGAAUCAGAGUUGCUCAACAUGGACCUUAAAUCCAUCGGAGCAAAGUCCCUACCCGACUCCAAUCUCAUUCGUAAAACCUCUCAUCUACUAGGCCCCAAAGUUCUUCAGAUAUCUUCUGUGCGAGACAUAUCUAUAAGUAGCAUAGAGGGAUUUUCAGAUUCCGGUCACCGGCGCCUUCUAAGAUUGAGACUCACUGAUGGGCACAACGAGAUAACAGCGAUAGAGUACUCUCAUAUACCGUCUAUUCCUAAUGAUGUUGUUCCUGGUACUAAGGUUCGACUGGAAAAUAAAACUCCUAUACAUAGUGGUAUACUAUGCUUGAACCCUAAAGAUAUAACUGUAAUAGGAGGUGUUGUUCCAUCACUUUAUGAAGAAUGGCAACUGAACCAAAAAUAUUCUGGUUUCUCCCGUUCAUUGAUGAGAUUAUCAGAGGAAACUGAUAGCGGUGGUCCUCCUCCAUUUGAGAAGUUGCAAAUUGUGGCACCAUUUCAUCGGUCUUCUAAGCAAGGCAAACCUGCUGUGCUUCAAUCAAGCAAUGUUCAAAAUCAAGCUACUGCUCAAAAACAUCUACAGAGUACAAGUCACCCAAAUCAGUAUUCUAGAGCACAAAAAUAUAGGGGGAAGGAUAAAGAAGAAGAGCCACAGGUUCUCAUUCUUGACAAAAAAAUUGAUUACUCUGAGUCUACAUCUAAGAGCAGUGUGCCUACCACUGUGGAAACAGCUGGAAAUACUGAAAUUAGGUUGAUAGAUGCACAGCAGAAUGCAGAUUACCUUGAUGAUAAGGUGACAGCUGCUUCCCUUGCACAAAGUAUUGAACAGAAGCCAAGUAACUCUGAAACGAGACUGAAGGAAGUAGCUGAAUCUGUUCCUGUACAAAAUCAAGCUGCGGCCCUUAAACUCCUCCAGAAAAUGAGUAGCUCAAAUCAAGGGCAUAGGCAUUCUAGAGGUCGGAAACAUAAAGGGAAGGGUAAACAAGAGGAGCAUCAGGUUUACACUCUAGAUGAAUGGGAAAACAGGAAAGUUGGGGCGGAUCCUACAUUGAAAAAUAACCUUCCAGAUGCCAGUGCUGAUGAGGACGUUGCAUGGCAGCUUCAAAACCAACUUGAUGUGGAAGAUUCUCAUGUACAAAUGGGAAUGCAUCACGUGGCGGCUGACAUUAGAAUGAGCAUGUUUAAUUAUGAAAGAGAUUCUUAUAGUGUUCGUGGAAUGGAACAUGGAGGAGAAGGAUGGGGAAAGGGAAGAGGAAGGGGAAGGGGGAGAGGGAGGGGAAGGGGAAGGGGAAGAUCUCAUUAAAUAUAGUUUAACCUCGUUUAUUAUGUUUAUUUACCAUUUUGGUGCUUCAAAUUUGCGAAUCUAUGUAGGAAUUUUCUCUUUGGCCUAGUUGCACUUGCCGCUUGGGUGGUUGAAAAAUAGAAUACAGAAUAUGGUUUCCAUGACCUUUUGAUCUGUAAUUUGUUAUGCCACAAGUACUGGUUUGUUGGUAAAGAACAGAAAAAGAAAGGAGUGUAGAAAAAGGGGGAGAGUCGAAUCAAAAUGGCAAAUCCAUUUUAAUGGAGUGAGUGCAUUUGAAGAAGCUUAA